ACACUGCCCUUAUUACUAUCAUACUUACUUCACCGUCAUCAAUUAUAGCAGUCUAUUUUUCCCCGCUUAGAUUCCUGUUCAUCAGUGCCAUUUGUUGAAACUUUUGUUUUUUCGGUUCGAAGAUAUUUCUCAUGGUCUAACCAAUUUCGUGUUUUUCCUUCAUCAAUAGGGUCAGCAUUUCACAAGAGUCCAACUCUUAAUGUGAGGCAAAUCACAGUUAAUUUAUCACCAUCUCCUUGCUCCUCUGGUUCUUGGUGAUAUUUAUUGCGGCUGGUGUCUUGGUGGACUUUUCACUUGGUUACUGUUGGGGUCUCUGUCUCUACUCUCACCUUAUCUUUCGAAGAAAAAUAAUCGAGAUCCCAAAUUUCAGAUUCAGAACAAUGCCUCCGAAAUUCUAAGUGGGAUUUGUUUUUGGAUUUUCUUGAGGUCUCUUUACACCUGAUAUCGAAUCUUAACAAGUCUAGAUGCCGGCCGAUGAAUCAAGUAGCUCUAUGUGGAGUAGGGAGCAGGAUAAGUUAUUUGAGAAAGCAAUAGCAACUUAUCCCGAGGAUUCUUCGGAUAGAUGGGAGAAAAUUGCAGCAGAUGUUCCAGGAAAAUCUGUGGAAGAGGUUAAACACCAUUAUGAACUUUUAGUUGACGAUGUUAACCGGAUAGAAUCUGGUUUUGUACAGGUUCCGUGUUACAAUUCUUCUUCAGAUGGUUCGACUAGUCAUGCUGGGGAUGAAGUGACCGGUAGGAAAGGCGGCAAUUUUGGACACUUGAACAGUGAGUCCAAUCACGGAGGCAAGUCUUCCAGGUCAGAUCAGGAGCGCCGCAAGGGAAUUGCUUGGACAGAAGAUGAACACAGGUUGUUCCUUCUUGGCUUGGACAAAUACGGCAAAGGUGACUGGAGAAGCAUUUCCCGGAAUUUUGUUGUGACGAGGACUCCUACCCAAGUUGCCAGCCAUGCCCAGAAGUACUUCAUUCGUUUGAACUCAAUGAACAAAGACAGGAGACGAUCGAGCAUCCACGACAUCACUAGCGUCAACAGCGGAGACGUCUCAGUUCCCCAAGGCCCAAUCACCGGUCAGACAAAUGGUCCUGCUGUAGCAGGUCCAUCUGGAAAAUCAAACAAAUCGCUUCCUCAAACCCCAGUUGCUGCUCCAGGGGUCGCCAUGUAUGGGCCACCAACCAUCGGACAGCCAAUAGGCGGGCCCCUUGUAUCAGCAGUCGGCACACCAGUGAAUCUCCCGCCGCCACCACACUUGGCGUACGGCGUUGGAGCUCCACUUCCCGGAUCCGUGGUUCCUGGGGCCCCCUUGAACAUGGGUCCUAUGACCUACCCAGUGCCACACACAUCCGCACACAGGUGAUUUCAAGAUAAGUUAACCACAUAUAUAUCAGUCGUGUGCUCAUUUCGCCUUUACAGGAUACCUUUCUACUCGAGCAAGCAGCAGUAUUCUUAUCGAAUGUUCUUGGAAACCGCGUCGGAUGAUCGAACGAACGGACUUCGUUUGCAUUUUUACUAUUAAAUUUCGAAUAAGUCGUAAGAUAAACUGCAUUCCAUCUGUAUAGGCAAUUGUAGUGCUGUAGCAGCUUCUUAGGAGUAGCUGAGGGGCCAUGGGGAGCCUCAAGGAGAGUUGUUAUGGUGGAAAUUGUAAAGUAUCCUUAUCCUCUCCUAAUAACUCUGAAGUAGCACAGUUUUAGCUUAUAAAAUUCUCAGCUAUUUUUCUUGUUCAAAUAAAAAAGUAGUAGUAAUUCAAGGGAAUUAUUGAACCAUCA